GCGGCCAUGUUGCCAACCAAUAACAUGGGAGUUCCACGGGGCUGCUCGCGAGUACGCUUGUCGGAUCGAUAUCGAUCUGUAGGAACCAUGGUAAUUCUCGCAGCGAAAACUCUUGUGUGAUAUGCUCUAGGCGUUAUAUGAUGGCGCUGUGUAAUGUAGAGUGUGUUGAGAAAAUUGGCAGUUUCUUAGAAAUUAACUAUGGAAAACUAUCCACGAACGAAAGUGGAAGGGUUACCACUGUGACAGAACUUCAUGGCAAUAGUGAAACCAUUUCUGGUUUUGGAACGAUUGUAAUAUCUUGGGCAAAAAUGUGCAAGAAAUCUCAGUUUGGAAAGACACAAGAAGAUGAAGCCCUUGUGAGGCAGUGGAUUGAGUAUGCUGUGUGUUAUGGAAACUAUGUGGGUCUUGCACAAACAGCUCGACAGGUCCUUAAGGAGCUGAAUGCAGUGCUUGCAUUGCGGUCAUACUUUGUAGGCAGUUCUCAGACACUAGCUGACAUUGUGCUGUAUUAUGUUUUGCAUGGUGUUAUGGCCGAGUUGUCUUACCAGGAAAAAGAGCAAUACUUGCAUCUUUCGAGAUGGUUUAACAACAUUCAGCAAGACCCGAAGAUAAGGCAGAAGAACAAACUCGUUCAUUUCAGUCGAACACUGCUGUAUAGCUAAUUUUGGUUAUAUUUAUACAAGUAUUAUUGAGCACUAAUAUACAGUGCAGUUGAAAUGUGAUGUCUUUCCUUUUAGUGGAAAUGAUACAAGAGCUUCAUCUCUUUACAGUUAUAAAAGUAAAGACAAUGAAUAUUUUUUUCCCCCCUGUUCUGUGUGUAAGGAGUUGAUCUAAAUCAGAUUGCUCAUAUUCAUCUUUUUUUUUCUUCAUUUCCAUAGCUUGGACCAGUAACAUUCAGGAGUACAUUUGCAUGGGGCAUCAGAAGGAUUAAAAAUCCGCGAAUAUAUUCUAAGAUAAGAUUUAUUUAAACAUUUAAACCACUAAAUAUGUUUUGGUCAUAAGGGAUUGAAUUUGAAUGUUGUUAUGGCCCUGAAUGGAGCUUUGAUUAAUUUUUUUCCAGUUUGAAUUACACCCCUGACUGACUAUCCAGAUGGAGGUUUUUGUGGUUUUCUUCAGUCUUUCCAGGAAAAUUUCGGGAAAGUAUCUCAGAUUAGUCCAUGAUCACAUCCUUUCCAAUUUGUUGUUCAACUAUAAUCCUACCAUUCAGUGCUAUGUAAUCAAAGCUACUGAAAGCAUUGCAAAAUGAAUGUAGGUAAGUUUGUUACAGGUUGUUAGGCCAAUUUUUGUCAUUUUUGUUUUACUUAUUUUCAUUCUUGAUGUUUCUUGGAUCAUUUGGGUGAUCUGACGGUUAGUGUGCUUGAUUAUUAUGUAAAGUGUCUAGGGUUUGAACCCAAACACCACCACAAGAAUGGUACAAAAUUUCUGCAAGGCUGUGCCUAGAUUACUUGUCUCCCUCUCAAGAUGGAAAAGUUGCUAUACCAGCUUGAAGACUGAAAUUAUGUGUUAAGUUGUAUGAACAUGUCACGUUUACAAAUAUCCAUGCAUACAAGUAUAUUUCUGCAAACAGAGAAUGAACAUGAUUGAGGACAUAAUGUUGUAACAUGUUACUGUUCUAAGAUAAUGUAUAUGAAUAUGUAUUAGUUUUCACACAGACUGGAUUGACCCAUUUUCAUUUGUCACAUGUUGUAUAUUUGUGAACAAGUUUGAUAUUUUCCCCAAAUACCUCAAAUUUCCUUCUGUAGGCAGUGAAAAGAAAUAAAUUACUUUUAAAUGCUUCUAAGUAUAGACACUAUCUAUUAUCAACUCAAGAUUGCUUGAAAAGCUGUUUUAGUCCCUGGAUAGGAUGAUGUAAGUUGGCAUUGCUUCCUGUAAAUUAUUGUAAUUAUGUGCACUAAAUUUUUUAUGCUUUAUCUCUUACAAAUGUCUGUAUUCUGUCACAUAAACAAUAAAUUUGGCAUAUGUGAAUGGAAUUCCAUGCAUAUCUCUUUCCCCAGACAUUUAAUCCAUUGUGACAUAAGUUCUGGAAAAAAGCCCUUUCAUUGGAUCUGUCUAUCCAGAAAUAUAAAUCAAUAAUUCUGCUAGUUAGUGCCCUACUGUUGUGCAUAAUUUUCGCUUAUAUAGACCCAUACCCAGAGAUGACCUCAAAGAUCCAUGCUGUCACUCUGAAUCAGAUUUUACAAGAACUUGGAAUCUCAUCUGUAAAAGAAAAGAUAAAAGUAAUUGAUUUCAAGCCUACAAUCAAGUGCAGAAUUACAGUUCCCCAAAAGAAAUUGUGAAUUACCAUCCAGCAGAAGGAAGAUGGCUUGGAUGCACAUCUUUCCUGUAGCACUUCUUUCUUAGUAGCAAAGUAAUUAUGCAUGUAAUUGAUAUCUGCAUAAUGUGCAUGUGUAAAAAGAUUCUAGAAUAUUUAUGAAGGUAAUAGUUAUACAGUACAGUGUAUUUUAUAUGGAACAACAGGUGGCAAGCAAAGACAAGUUUCAGUGUAUCUGCAAAUAAUUGAAGCUGUAAAAGUUAAAGUUUGGCCUGUGACUAAUUAAUUAAGUACCACUCCAUAAAGACAUGGGGGGGGGGAUAGCUCUACCAUUCUUGACCUCGGCACUAGAUGGAGGUGAGUGGUCAGCUUCAAGUCCUGGCCACUUUAUCCAUAAAGAAAGAGCCCUCUGGUACCCUUUGGACAUGAGGCUGGGUGGAAGGUAUGGAGAGGAGAAAAAUCUCUUUCUCCUGCCAGGAAUUGAACCCUGACCAUCCAGCCAAUAGUCCAUCGAUAUACUGACUGAUCUAUCCGGAUUCCAACUGAAGCUGUAGUUUUGUUUUUUUUUAAGUCUAGAAUGAAGGAUGUGGCAACUUCCCUGGAGUGAUAUGAAUGUUAACAAGGCUGUGGCCUUGGAUUCAGCUAUUUAGACUCCUGACUUAAUGACACAGAGUAUGUUACAUCAGUGCUGGGAGUGUUCCAUGUAUUUUAUACUGGUUAUGUCAUGUUAUUGGAAGGUAUCUGUUCUUAUAGUGAUACAUGUGUUUAAGUUUGUUGCUUGGUUUGUAUAGAGUAAAUAGUAAUUUGUAACAUUGAACUUUGAGUUUGGGCAUUUCCCACAAUCAUUAACUGAUUUGGUAAGGUCAGAUGCUGGGAAAUGUAAAUGGAUUUAUAAGAACAUUUAUGUCAUGUCUGUUUUUACCAGCUACUUGUUUUGCCUUUAACAGAGUCAUAAAAAGAGACUGUUGUAGAAAUGUGGUUCACAGCCAUUGUUGCUUGAGGGCAAAUUUGGAAAGCUAUUCAUUAUUUUUGAUUCAACUGAAAUUGAUGAGUGCUCUUAUGAUUUCAUUACUACUAUUUAAUUUUAUGAAUGGAAAGUGUGGCUUAGUACAUGUGGACUACUCGCUACCUGUCCCGGACUUCAGAGAUUGGUUUUCAUUUUGUUUAAAACCAUGGAAGUGGAAGAGAUUAUAUUGCAUUAAAUAAAGACCUAUGACAUGAUUAUGAAUUUGACUUAGUGGAGGAACUGGUUGUGGGUUGUUAUAACACAUCGGUUGCCACCAUGUAAUUUAAGAGUGCCGUGUGCCAUCCAAAGUGUGGAUCGUUAGUAUAGUCCAUGUUUGUAAUAUGACUCUAUGUGGCAAGCCAGUGUGUAAUUUAUUUAUUUGAAUUGGUUUCUGGUGUGUGCCCCUUGGUGGACAUGUGACAGGUAUACUGUGUCACAUAGUAACCAACAUGUUAACUUGUAGCAUAUGUGCACUUUUUUAUGUGUUUCAGCUUACACAUGUGCCUCACUGCAUAUGUAAAUAAGACUUUGAUCCUCCCAUUGUGUCCAGGUAUGUAUGUCCAUUGAUCAUUAAGCCACCUGAUCUGAAGUAAAAAACCAAGGGAAUGGCCUUGAAGUCGGCCUACUACUUGAUACCUCCUCGACCUUGGUACACAAGAUGAUAUGUGGUAAUUCCGUGCAGUGAUAUAUAAUAAUAGCGUACAGUAGUCUUGUCUCCUUGUUUCUGGUUCUGCCCCCCCCAGACCAAAAACUUCACAGAUAAUGGUCUUAUAUUAUUUUCUGUACUAAGAAUAACUUACAUGAGUACGUAUCUAGUAGUGGAAGAAAGAAGACUAGAAAAAAGCAUUUUGUGAAGCAA